CAGAGAAAAAACGAUAUUUAUUUAAACUAAUUGCUUUCUGUAACCAAAUAUCUCAAAACAAACAUAUAAUCAAAUAGAUUGUAACUGUAAAGAGGUACCUAUUCAACAAUUAUUCUAACAUUGUACUACAUAAAUAAUAUGGUCGAAAUUCUAUUGAACACUAAGAUGUUCGUUGUAAUCAUUAAUUCGAUAUAUAUAUGAAUUCUUUAAUUGUCAUAUAAUACACUCAAAACAUCUUGACAUUAAGUUGCCUAAUGAAAGCUACAAAAACAUGACAGAUUUAGUUUAUGGAACUGUACAAACGAUACAGGAUAAAAAGGUUAUGGUAGACGAAUUAAACAAUAAUAAUAAUAAUAUUAUCGUUCAACUACAUAAGAUAAAUACUUGCAAGAAUAAUCUUAGAAAUAGUAAUAACAAUAUUAAUAAUAAUGAUAUUAUAGACAAUAAUAAUACUACUAAUGACGAAAUGAGUAAUACUUUUUCAAAUGAAAAACAAUUAAUUCAACAAACGUUAUCAAUUUCCAAAAAGAGAAAAAAAUUUAAAUUAAUAAAUUCUAAACGAUUUAAACAAAAUGAUCAACACAAUAAUAAACAUAAUUAUCAUAUAUAUCCAUUUGAUAAAGUGAAUACAAGUAAUGGUAAUAUUGAGAUAAUUACAGAAAGAAUACGUGAUAAAUGGAAUAAGAAGAUUGAUUUCUUAUUAUCUGUUAUUGGGUUUGCUGUUGAUUUAGCAAAUGUCUGGAGAUUCCCUUAUUUGUGCUAUAAAAAUGGUGGUGGUGCUUUUCUGAUUCCAUAUGGUCUUAUGCUAAUAUUUGGUGGAAUUCCUUUAUUUUAUAUGGAAUUAGCUUUAGGACAAUUUAUUCGUAAAGGUGCUAUUACGUCAUGGGGAAGAGUGUGUCCACUUUUGAAAGGCGUUGGUUACAGUGUUGUUCUUGUGGCGUUCUACACUGAUUGGUUUUAUAAUAUGAUUAUAGCUUGGUCAUUAUAUUAUUUUGGGGCAUCAUUUACAUUCAAUUUACCAUGGAUGUCGUGUAAUAAUUCAUGGAAUACAGAGAAUUGCAUAGAUUUUCAUUUGACAAAAAAUGAUUCCAUUUCUCAAUGGGAUAAUUUUUCACUACGUAGCAAUUAUUCGAUUAUGGGGAAUAUAACAUUUCCUGUUGAAGAAUUUUUCAGUAAUCAAGUCCUAGGUCGUACUAAAGAUACAAAUGUAGAAAAUCCUGGUAAAAUUCAGUGGCAAAUACUGUUGUGCUUUAUAGCUGUUAUGGUUAUUUGUUAUUUUAGUCUAUGGAAAGGAAUACAUACAUCAGGCAAAGUUGUUUGGUUUACUGCAUUAUUUCCCUAUGUUGUAUUAAUAAUAUUUCUAUUUCGUGGAAUCACUUUACCUGGGUCUACAAAUGGUAUAUAUCAUUAUAUAUGGCCAAAUAUUGAGAAGCUUAAAUCCGCUGAACCAUGGGUAGAUGCUGCAACACAAGUAUUUUUUUCACUUGGACCUGGAUUCGGUGUACUUAUGGCUUAUGCAUCUUAUAAUGAAUUUCAUAAUAAUGUAUACAGGGAUGCAUUACUUGUGGCAUCAAUUAAUUCGCUAACAAGUUUAUUAUCUGGAUUUGUGGUAUUCACAUUAUUGGGUUAUAUGGCAUAUAAACGUAAUGUACUUGUAUUAGAUGUGAUCAAAGAUGAUCCAGUAUUAGUCUUCAGUGUCUAUCCAGAAGCAUUGUCAACUUUACCCGGUUCGACAUUUCUAUCAAUCUGUUUCUUUCUCAUGUUGCUCACUUUGGGUUUGGACAGCUCAUUUGGAGGUUCUGAAGCCGUCAUCACGGCGUUAAGCGAUGAAUAUCCUAUGAUUGCAAACCAUCGAGAAUUAUUUGUACUUGGUUUAUUCACAUUCUACAUUGGGAUUGGAGCUUUGGAAUCAACUCAAGGUGGGAUCUAUUGGUUUCAUUUGUUUGAAAGAACUUGCGUUGAAUAUCCAAUUUUAUUGGCUGUAUUAUGCGAAACAGUUUGUAUCGCUUGGAUAUAUGGUGUUGAUCGUUUUCGACAAAACAUUAAACAAAUGUUAGGCUUUCAACCAGGAAUAUUUUGGAAAAUUUGCUGGAAAUUUAUUGCUCCACUUUUCAUUCUGUUCAAUAUUACUUAUGGAUUAUCGAAUUAUCAACCCCUACAAUUAGGUGAUUAUACCUAUCCAUUAUGGGCAAAUAUAUUGGGUGGUAUUUUUAGUGGUUCAGCUGUUUUAACAAUACCAGUUGUGGCUAUUAUUCAAAUAUUACGUACGGAGGGAACUUUCAACGAAAGAAUUAAAAAGCUUAUUCAACCUCAUGAAUGUAUGGAACCUAAUGAAUAUUUAAUAGAAGAUAAACCUAUCAUAAAUAGGAAAAUACCAGUCAGUUUAUCAGACACAUUCAAUUCUUUAAAAUCAUCAUCAUCUUAUUUAAAAAAAGUACAAUCAACUCAUUCAAUUCCAAAUUGUUAUAAAGUGAAUACAAAUGUAUAAUUACCAUUUUAAUUAAUAAAACUUAUUCAUUUAUUCAAUGAAUAAAUUAUUGACAAUAUUUAAUAUUUUUCAUGAAUCAUUUUAAUGAAUUCAUCAUAAUUAAAAAUUUGUAUACAUCAGUUUGGAUACGAUUUGUGCAACCAAAAUUGAUUUUAUUUACAGGUUUCAAUCAAUUAUUGAUUAUCAAUAACUAUUCUCAUUAACAAUAAAAAAAAUUUAUUUAUUUAUUUGUUUAUUAAUAAUUAAUCUUAGAAAAUUAGUAUAAACUAUUAAUAGAAAGUUAUUUUCAUUUUAUUCAUUUAUAAUUUCCACUAUAAACGUAUGUACCUUCCAAUCAUUUCUGCAUAAUAAGAAAUAAUUCCUAUUCAUAAACAAAAUAGUUUAGAAUAGUUUUAUUCAUAUGAAUUAUGUAAUGAUCAAAUUUGUGCGUUAACUACAUCAUGAUAAAUUAAGUAGUUUUUUUUUUGUGGUUAUUGAAUAUUGUUCAACUCAUGAUUUCAAUAAAAAUUCGACAAUCUCCAC